AUGGUGCUCAUUGAGAAUCAGGAGUACCUCUGCGAGGAAGAGAAGCGUCUCAAGGAAGACCGCGAGCGCACUGCUUACUGGAAGCGAUGGGGGCCCUAUGUUGCCGAAAGGCACCAUGAUGGAGACGCCUGGAGUCACUUCACGCACGACAUGGCACGAUCGCGCGCCUUUCGCUGGGGUGAGGACGGUAUCGCUGGUGUCUCUGACUCGCACGGCCUCCAGAACAUCACCUUUGCCUUCUGGAACGGAGAAGAUGACUUUCUGAAGGAGCGCCUGUUCGGUCUCUCCAACCCCCAGGGCAACCACGGCGAGUCGCUCAAGGAGGCCCACUUCCACUUGGACAACACACCAACCCACUCGUACAUGAAGUUUCUCUACAAGCUCCCCCAGCGCAAAUUCCCCUACGAAGAUCUCGUAAAAGAGAACGCGAAGCGCAACAGGCUUGAGAACGAGUACAAUAUCACCGACACUGGCAUCUUCGACGAUGACCGGUACUUCGACAUCUUCAUUGAGACCGCGAAGGAGGCAGACAACCCGGAUGAGCUGCUUUUCCGAGUCACCGCAUACAACCGUGGUCCCGACGCCGCGCCACUCCACAUCAUACCCCACGUCUUCUUCAGGAAUACCUGGGCUUGGGGACACGAGGACAUCAAGAAGAAGCCUUCCAUCAAGAAGGUCGGCCCUACCACAGCUCAAACAACACACUACAAGCUCGGAGACCGGUUCUUCCAGCUCUCGCCCUCCCCCGGUGUCGGCACAAGUGGCGACGAUGUGCAGCCUGAAUUGCUUUUCACCGAGAACGACACAAACUACAAGAAGCUUUGGAAGGUUGAGAACAAGACCAAGUACGUGAAGGACGGUAUCCACGAGCGUAUCGUAAACGAGAACACCGAUGCCGUCAACCCCGACAACGUGGGUACCAAGUGUGGAGCCUGGUACGCUUUUGACGAGGACGAGGGUGUUCCUCCUGGCGAGUGCGCUGUUGUUCGUUUCCGGCUGUCAACAAGAAGCGAAGGCUUCCUCGACGAAGAACUCUUCGAUGAUAUUAUGGAGCAGCGCCGUGCCGAGGCCGACGAGUUCUACUACCGUAUCAGCCCGCUUCCCAUGGCUGAUGACUUACGCAACAUCCAGCGUCAAGCAUUCUCCGGUAUGCUCUGGUGCAAGCAGUACUACCACUUCGUCUGGGACCAGUGGGCAAAUGGCGACCCGAAUAUGCCUCCCCCACCCCCAGACCGAAAGGCGAUCCGAAACAAGGAGUGGAAGCACAUGUAUCUGGACGACAUUUUGUCCAUGCCAGACUCUUGGGAAUAUCCAUUCUUUGCUGCUUGGGACAGUGCUUUUCAUUGCAUUCCGCUUGCAAUGCUUGACCCCGAGUUUGCAAAGAAGCAGCUGGAUCUAUUCACUCGUGAAUGGUCCAUGCACCCCAACGGUCAACUACCAGCGUACGAGUGGAACUUCGGCGACGUCAACCCUCCAGUUCACGCAUGGUCCCUCUUCCGAGUCUUCAAGAUCGAGCGCAAGAUGUACGGCCGUGAGGACUUCGACUGUCUCGAGCGUGUGUUCCAGAAGCUGUUGUUGAACUUCACAUGGUGGGUCAAUCGCAAGGACGCCGACGGAAAGAACAUCUUUGAGGGUGGUUUCCUGGGCCUCGACAACAUUGGUAUUUUCAACCGAUCUGAUCCUCUGCCCACCGGUGGUGUUCUGGAACAAGCCGACAGCACUGGCUGGAUGGGCUUCUACUGCCUGAACAUGCUGAACAUCUGCCUGGAGCUCGCCAAGCGUCGUCGUAUCUACGAAGACAUGGCAUCGAAGUUCUUUGAGCAUUUCAUCAUGAUCAGUGAUGCGAUGCAGUACCGCACCGGCGGCGAGUCCAAGCCGCUUUGGAACGAAGAGGACGGAUUCUACUACGACGCCAUCUCUUGGGGCGGUCCCUGGAGCCACCAGAUGCCUGUUCGAUCCCUGGUCGGUCUUAUUCCUCUUUACGCUACUCUGACUCUGGAGCCGGAGGUCAUCAACAGGUUACCAAACUUCAAGAAGCGUGUCGAAUGGUUUAUUCACAAUCGCCCGGAGACUGCUCAGCGCAACAUUGCCUCGAUGAAGAAGCGUGGUCAGGGUAACCGCAUGCUGCUGUCCCUUGUCAGCGAGGAUCGUCUGAAGCGCAUCAUGAAGCGCAUGCUGGACGAAGAGGAGUUCUUUGCUGACCACGGUAUUCGUUCGCUGUCAAAAUUCCACAAGAAGCACCCGUACUCCAUGGAUGUCAACGGUCAGCGCUACGAAGUCGCCUACCUCCCCGGCGACUCAGACAGCGGUCUCUUUGGUGGCAACAGUAAUUGGCGUGGACCGAUCUGGCUUGCGGUCAACUUCCUGCUCAUUGAGUCGUGUCAGCGUUUCCACUUGUACUACGGCAACGACUUGAAGGUCGAGUGUCCUGUGGGUUCUGGAGACUACAUGCAUCUUGGUCAUGUUGCAGAAGAGAUCCAGCAUCGCCUUCAGCAUCUGUUUGCCCGCGGCGAUGACGGUAGAAGGGCCAUCAACGACGGCAACCAGAUGCUCGACUAUGACCCGAACUGGAAGGACUACAUGUGGUUCCACGAGUUCUUUGACGGCGACUCUGGACGCGGUCUUGGAGCGAGCCAUCAGUGCGGUUGGACUGGCUUGAUUGCAAAGAUGAUCCACGACACUGGCAUGACAUGCAGACUUCCACAGACACCACGUACGCCGACAGCUGCUGCUGCGCACUACUUCGACGAUGUUCUUAGCAGCGGACCUCGGCCAAAGAAGCCUUCUCAGCUCCGUAGAUCCUCAACAACCCGUAGUAUCGGAUUCCGUAGCGACUACGGCGGCGAUGAUGACGAGGACGAGGAUGGCCCGACCAGCCCGGUCAGGAGGAAGAACUCUGUCGGCUACCUUGACGAGGACGCAAUCAAGGCCAAGCAGGAGAUCCAAGACCGGUUCAACCACUAUGUCAGCGGCCAGCUUGAGCGCGUCAAGACUGGUAUGCAAGACUAUGAGCCAGACGAGUUCGAGACUUUAGUCGAUGGUGCAGAUGAGCGUCCGAGAGGCAGACAAGGCUCCAAGGCCAAGUCAAACGGCCAUAAGGAGCGUGCGGACUACUUCGAGCAGGACGAAUACUUCAGCAGGUGA